GCAUAUUAGCGGACAUCCGGGGAAACUUUACAUCCGGGACCUUUUCUGGACGGAGCCGUGGGUGGCGGGAUUUACCUCAGUGUUGUCAGUUUGUUUUAGUGCCCCUGAGUCACUGAAAGAGCGACAUGGCGGACAGUGAUGAUGAGUAUGAUCGCAGGCGCAGGGACAAGUUUCGCAGAGAAAGGAGUGAUUAUGAUCGAUCUCGAGAAAGAGAGGACAGACGUAGAGACGACUGGAACGAUCGGCGGCCGUCGGCCAGAGAGUGGGACCGUGGGAGAGAGAGGCGGAGCCGCGGGGAGUACCGCGAGUACGAGAGGGGACGGAGAGAGAGAUUCUCACCACCUCGACAUGAUAUGAGCCCACAGCAGAAGCGCAUGAGGAGGGACUGGGAUGAUCAUGGUGGAGACCCGUAUCAUGGAGGUUAUGAUCUUGGUUAUGGAGGAGGUGGAGGUCCCAGUUACGCCCCCCCUCAGCCCUGGGGUCACCCUGACAUCCACCUCAUGCAGCCGCACCAUGCUCUCCCUAUCCAGGCCAGGUUGGGGAACAUCCAUGACCUGGACCUGGGUCCUCCUCCUCCUGUGAUGAAGACUUUUAAAGAGUUCCUGCUGUCUCUGGAUGACUCUGUGGACGAGACGGAGUCGGUCAAACGCUACAACGAGUACAAAAUCGACUUCAGAAGGCAGCAGAUGCAGGAGUUCUUCCUUUCUCACAAAGGAGAAGAGUGGUUUCGCUCUAAGUAUCACCCUGAUGAGUCGGGGAAGAGGAAGGCCGAAGCUCACGCUGCUCUACAGAACCGUCUGAAUGCCUUUCAGUAUUUAAUGGAGGGUGGAUGGUUUGAUAACAUCUCCAUGGACAUCGAUCGAGCUCCACAGAUCUUAAAGAUCCUGGAUGCAGCGGUGAUAAAGAUGGAGGGAGGGACGGAGAACGAUCUGCGCAUCCUGGAGCAGCCUGUGGAGGAUGAGGAGGAGAGAGAGAGACUGUCGUCUGGAGGACCAUCUUCAGAAAACCAAAAGCGAGUAGAAGAGAACAGAGGAACAGAGAGUGACCGCAAAUCAUCCACUGAGAAGGACAACAAAGAAGGAGAGAGUGAGGAUGUUGGAUUGAAGGACGCUGAUGCUGAAGCAGGAGGUCACAAACCUGAUAAAGAAGCUCCAACUGAGGAGAUUUCAGAGCCGAAGAAGCUGAGUAAGAAGAGGAAGAGGAAGCACAGUGGUGACAGCGAGGACGAGGCGAGUGCCUCAGAGACCGAGUCAGAUUCUGACUCUGACUCCAACUCUCACUGCUCAGAGAAACCUGUGGAGAGAGAGGGGGAGGCAGAGGGAGAAGGAGAGGGGGGUGGAAGGAAUGAAGAAAAAGAGGAAGAAGAGGAGGAGGAGGAGGGUGAAGCUGAUGUGAAGGUGCGAAAAGAAGCGAAGCAGAGUGAGAGGGAGAAAGAGAAGGAGGAGAAGAAAGUGAAGGACGAUCAGCCUCCUAAACCUCGGCCUCUCCACAUGACCUGCUCUCUGUUCAUGAGGAGCAUCGCACCCACCAUCUCUAAAGCGGAGAUCGUUGCUUUGUGUCGUCGUUACCCUGGAUUCAUGCGUGUGUGUUUGUCUGAACCACAACCAGAACGCAGGUUUUUCAGGCGUUGCUGGGUGACCUUUGACCGAGGUGUCAACAUCAAAGAGAUCUGUUGGAACCUACAGAACAUCCGACUGCGAGACUGUGAGUUAGCUCCAGGAGUGAACCGGGAUUUGGCACGGCGUGUGAGGAACGUUAACGGAAUCACACAGCAUAAACAGAUUCUUAGGAACGACAUCAAACUGUCAGCUAAACUUAUACAUGCACUGGACGAGAGAGAGCGACUGUGGGGCCACGGGGACACACACACCGCUGAGCUUCCAGCUCAGAACCCCAUCCUAAAAAACAUCACAGACUACCUCAUUGAGGAAGUGAGUGCUGAGGAGGAGGAGCUACUGGGAAAUGUGGGCGGGGUUGACUCAGAAGACGGGAAUAAAGAAGGCAAUCCCACUGAGAUCACUGUGGAGAGAGAUGAGAAACUCGUCAAGGUGUUGGAUCGUCUGCUGUUCUAUCUGCGUAUCGUUCACUCUAUCGAUUAUUACAAUAUGUGUGAAUACACCAGUGAAGACGAGAUGCCCAACCGCUGUGGGAUUAUCCAUGUCCGUGGCCCGAUUCCCCCAAACCGCAUCACACACCGAGAGGUGAGUGACUGGCAGAAAACCUUCGAGGAGAAGCUCGGCCCAUUAUUCAGUGUGAAGGAAACCCUUUCUGAGGAGGAAGCCAUAAAAAUGGGACGGAAAGAUCCGGAACAGGAAGUGGACAAGUUUGUGUCUGCUAACACACAGGAGCUGGGAAAGGACAAGUGGCUGUGUCCUCUGAGUGGGAAGAAGUUCAAGGGCCCAGAGUUUGUGAAGAAACACAUUCUGAACAAACACGGAGAUAAGAUUGAGGAGGUGAAGAAGGAAGUGGAGUUCUUCAACAACUUCCUGAUGGAUGCUAAAAGGCCAUCCAUCCCUGAGAUAAAGCCCCUGCCCCCUCCAGGCCCCACCCCAGCUUUAUUAAUGUUUCCCCCAGGUGUGAUGUCUCCUGGUGGCCCUCCUUUCCAUCCUCAGGGUCCUCAGGGCCUGCUGGGGUUUGGGCAGCCCAGACCUCCAGUGAUGGGCUACGGAGCAGGUCCACCGUAUCCUCCAAACCAGUAUGGUGGAGGAGGAAGAGGGAAUUACGACAGCUUCCGUGGUCAGGGUGGAUAUCCUGGAAAACCCAGGAACAACCGGAUGAUGCGUGGAGAUCCUCGUAACAUCAUCGAGUACCGUGACCUGGAUGCUCCUGAAGAUGUGGAUUUCUUUUAGACUGCUUUUUUUUUUUUAUUUCCUCAUUUUUACUCCCUCACUGGUUUUAAUGCUGAAUCUCUUGCAGGUCUGAGCACUCGUUAGCCAGCCCCCCCCCCCCAAUCCCCACACCCCCCGCAGUGUACGAGUGCGCACUAUUACACAGCACACUUUACAUUUAGCCCUUGUUUUGUUCUUCAAUAAAACUGUAAUGUGGAACACA